GAAGCGUGGGCGUUAGGUCAUAUCAUCUUCCGUAAUCAGCAAGAGGUCCACGACGGUCUACCAUCCAGGCCAGACGACGCACCGGCCAUCGCAGCGUUAGGUCCGCCAGGUAUAGGUGGUUUCCGGUGCGAGUUCGUUGUCGAAGAUAGUACGUUACCGCCCGACUGUCGAUACGUAGGUAGAGACCGGCGGCGGAUCCGAGAACAUCUCAGGGUCAAGCAUGGCUGGGACUUGGGACUCAAGGGUGGACGUCGCUCUACUACCACGGCGGAGGAGGAACGAAGUAUC